GGAAUUCGCUUCGCGAGAUUGCACGUGGCUCGACUUAAGAACAAAGAAAAAGAAAGCGUACAAGCGAGUCUUCCUAUAUACAAGGUGAUUCUUUCGCCAGUGGACUGAUCGAAGGUUUAAAUAUCGCUUAAACGAUAAUUCAAUCGAUAUAUGAUCCGUCGAGGCUUGAAAUAUUUUUCCGUCAUCGAUAUUCCGACGUCUACUAGAAAAGAGAUCGUCAAUGCUGCCACCUAACAACGAUAAUUCGAACCUUGUUCUUUCAACGAAGAUGAUUGGUCGUAACGGAAACGGUGCUGCCACCGCCAAACUCAUAACGCACCAACAAUCAUCGAGCAGCCAAUAUGGCGGAACAGUGAAUCGGAUUCCUUCGUCGUCGGAUAAAUAAAAACAAGGAUACAACUACAAGGAUGGUCUGUCAAGAGUGGGACGAGGUGGAGAGAAUCACCCAGUAUAUGGAGAAUCGGUCGCCAGCCUGAGAGACGAUAUUAAACCGUUGCUCGCUAAUUGCAUCGAUUAAUAAUUUCAAUGGUCGUACAUGGUAGCGGGCUAAUGGGUGUCACCGAGGGCAUCUGAGUGUGGUAUCGGGCCGAGAAAAUUCAUUGCUUGUCCAAGCCUGGUGGAUUCGUGCUUCCGCGCAUUCAAUUGGAUCCAUGAGAGCGCGCUUACCUCCGUACGAUCAAUGCGACCGCGUACACGAGAAUAAUUCACCGUUUCGCAAUCGUCCUCCCGGCUUACGAAUCUCCGGCUGGGAUAGAAGACUUGCUGCUGGACCGACUUUCUCGCUCGCUUCAGACUUGGGAUUGGAUAAAGAUAGCCAGAAACCGGUGGUGGCCAAUUAUCAAGUAACCGUUGCGAAAUCUGUGCAACAAAUCGUUAAAAAGUACACGCCCAAAGCGCCGAAGAAAACUUAUUACGAGGACAGAUUCAUAAAGUUUAACUACAACUUGGAAGCCGCCAAUUAUCUUUUGAAGAAAAGGAACGAGAAUCAGUUGCACAGGGACGAGAUCGACGUGUUCAAACAGGUGGACUCCCUGCAUACUAAAUGGCAGAGGAAAUUUAUGCACCAAUUAAUGGUGAAAGAAAACGUAAUACCGGGGGUGAGACAGAAACAAGUGCUGCGCGGGAACCACUUAUCCACGGAGAACAAGUUGCCUGGAAACUUAGCAGGCCGGCCUAGGGAGCUGUGGGACGAGGAUCAGUUUGAAGAUGGAAUGUGGAAAUCGAGGCCGCGAAAGAGGCCUUUAAUAGGCAUUAUAGACUCCAUAUUAGAUAUGCCCGGAUUCCAAACUUCGCCACGUCCUACGUUGCCGACGCAGGGACGUCUGGUCGAUUGGGGAUCGAGGAAUAUCAUCGCAGCGGCGGUCCACGAUAUCGUGAUGCUGUACAACGGGCAGAAUGCAAGCGACAACACGGAGCUGGAGAACGUGGAAAUAUCGAAUAUUUCCGCGCUCAAGUGGAACCACGCGGGUACGAAGCUAGCCAUUUGCACCAAGUCGUCUCGGGUGAACUUGUACUGCGUCAACUCGCAGAAGGUGAUUUGGACGAGCCCGUGCUGCGGGAAGAACUACUUGCCACUGUGCUACUCCCGUUGCAUCUGCUGGCCCCAGGAUGAUCGAUACGUCAUCACCGGAUGCGUGGGAGUGAUCACGGUUCAUUCGGUGGAAAACGGCAAAGUCGUUCAAUACAAUCACGCCCACGUCUCGGAGAUUUUGUUACUCGAAUUUUCCUCCAAUUAUCGAUACAUCGCCUCCGCCUCUCAUCAUUCCUUGGACAGGAAUAUCCGUAUAUUUCUAUGGCCUUAUCUGAUCCCGUACGUGGAUAUCGAUUACUGCGAACCCGUUCUGGCGUUAGCCUGGCACCCUUACGAGAGCGGGCACCUGUGCAUCGGCGGUGGUUACGGGAACGCGUCGCUCUCGCUUUGGAACGUGAACACAUUGGUCCCGGAGGGUUAUCGAAACGUGUACUUUCACGGCGCGGUGAAGAACCUCGCGUGGAACAAGAGGAGCGCCGAGCUGGUCGUUAAUUGGUCAUACUUCGUGCAACAGGCCGAAUGCACGUUAAUGCCCGUCCUGGGCAGCCUUGAUCGGGUUGUGGACAUGAUAAUGGUGGAUAAGGAUUUGCAAGUGAACAGCAUCAUGUGGAACCCUGAUCACACGCAAUUGGCCGUUCAGUACAACGAGUCCUUGUGCAUGUGGAAUUUCUUCGGCGACCAGUACCAGUGCCAGAAAAAUAAGAAGAAGCCGCGGAAAAUUCGUGCGAAUGCACGAGUGAAACUCACGAAUUUCAAGGAAUUCGACAAAUAUAAUAUACGGUAAAACAACGUGUUACGUAUGGGUGUAUAGAAAAAAAAUUUAACUUUUAUUUUUUUAUUCUAUUGUUUUAUUUAUUUAUUUAUAAUUCUUAUUUAUUUAUUUCUCUAUCUAAUUUUUUUUUUUUCAUUUACUCAUCUAUUUAUUUGAUUCACGAAAGAAAGAGUUAAAGAGAAGAGUCUUAUUCGGCUUAUGAAUUUUUUAUCUUUUCAUUUCGGAUAGAAUAUAUAUUUAAUCGAAUAUAUACGGAUACAUUGUAUUCGAUGUAUUUGAUUAAUUAUUUGCUGGUACAAAUAAUAAAUGUGAAUAUAUGAAAAAUAAAUUUCAAUCAGAAAAUUAGAUGGGAAA